GGAUGGCAGGAGCAUCCACUGACAAGCUGCUGGUGAAGAUAGUGAUGACUGGGGACUCCAGCGUCGGGAAGACGUGUAUAAUGACCAGAUACACAGAGAACACCAUCCCAUCCUAUAUCUCCACAAUAGGAAUUGAUUUCAAAACGAAAAUAAUCCACAUUGAUAACAGACCAAUAAAACUUCAGAUCUGGGAUACAGCUGGACAAGAAAGAUUUCACACCUUCAGUGUCAGUUAUUUCCGUGGUGCUCAUGGAUUUGUACUUGUUUACGAUAUUACAAAUACAACCUCGUUUGAAAAUAUUUCUUUGUGGAUGAAAGACAUUAAGACGAAAGCUGGGGAAGAAGUGGAGGUAGUUCUCCUGGGAAAUAAGUGUGACAAGGAAGACGAACGUGAGGUUUCAAAAGAGAGAGGGGAAAAGCUUGCUUGGGAGCAUGGCAUACCAUUUUUUGAGACAAGUGCUAAGGAAAAUAUCAAUAUUGACAAAGCAUUCCUCAUUUUGUCAAAUGCAAUAUAUGAAAAGAGAUCGUCUUUGUUUCUCAAUCCAGAUGUGGUGGAUUUACAAAAACCAAAGAAAAGUACUUCAUGUGUGGCUUGUAGGUAAAGGAAC